AUGAGCAUCAGCGCACAAGGUUUUUGUCGGCUGAGGAAGCUUGAAUUGAGCAGUAAGUUAGAUGAGUUGCGGAUCCAAGAAGAGGCCAUGCCUAGUUUGAUGGAGCUACAUGUAAUUUACCCGGGACGGCCAACGAAGAUGGUGAUUCCAGAUCGUUUGCGAGCGGGAACAAGGUCCCAUCGACAUGGGAAUAAAUAUCAAUGCUUCAGUAGCUACAGCGAUGGAAAACAGCGAUGGAAGCAGAGGAUAUUCCACUCUGGAAAAUCAAAGACAACGAGUUUAAAAAUAAGUUCGCUUCCGCCAGCACUUGGAAUCUCAUUCGUGAAGUUUCGCGGCAAGUUGACUGGUAUAAAGGGAUUUGUUCUCUCAGGCCACUCCAAAGUAUACUUUCUUCGCUUGGCUCGCAAUUCACAACUGCUUGUCAACGGGAGACCGUAUGCUAUCAUGGAGUUUAGGUGUGAACCCCUCCUGUGUUUUCUGUCAACACCGGACAGAAUCACGGGACCAUCUGUUUUUCCUCUGUCCCUACUCCUCGGAGAUUUGGACACAGCUCACCGCCAAGCUCCUCCAAUCCACCUUUUCAACAGAUUGGGAAAUAAUUGUCUCGCUCAUCUCAGGAAAUCAACAUCGAGGAACACAUCUCUUCCUUACUAG